AUGCCGAUGCUUGCAGAGCCGUGGAAAAAGUACAAGGCCUUCAAGCCGCUGAACCUCCCCGACCGGACGUGGCCCAGCAAGACGAUCGAGAGGCCGCCACGAUGGCUGUCGACAGAUCUGCGAGACGGCAACCAGAGUCUGGUGGACCCCAUGGACGGCGAGCAGAAGUGGAUGUACUUCCAGAUGCUCACCAGACUCGGCUACAAGGAGAUUGAAGUGUCGUUCCCCUCGGCGUCGCAAACCGACUUUGACUUCACACAGCGCCUCGUCCAGACGCCCGGCAUCGUGCCCGACGAUGUCUGGCUGCAGGUGCUGUCGCCGUGUCGCAAGGAGCUCAUCCGCCGCACCGUCGACUCGCUCAAGGGCGCCAACAAGGCCAUCCUGCACCUGUACCUCGCAACCAGCCCCUGCUUCCAGCAGAUUGUCUUCAACAUGAACGACGACGAGACGAUUGCCCUCGCCGUCGAGUGCACAAAGUACGCGCGCUCCAUCACAAAGGACGACCCGGCGCAGGCCGGCACCCACUGGCACUACGAGUUCUCGCCCGAGACCUUCUCCGACUCGAAGCCCGAGUUUGCGCUCGAGGUGUGCGAGGCCGUCAAGGCCGCCUGGGAGCCCACCGUCGAGGACCCCAUCAUCUUCAACCUGCCCGCCACCGUCGAGAUGGCCACGCCCAACGUCUACGCCGACCAGAUCGAGUUCUUCUGCCGGAACAUCUCCGAGCGCGAGAAGAUCUGCGUCUCCCUGCACCCCCACAACGACCGUGGCUGCGCCGUCGCGGCCGCAGAGCUCGCGCAGAUGGCCGGCGCAGACCGCGUAGAGGGCACCCUGUUUGGCAACGGCGAGCGCACAGGCAACGUCGACCUCGUCACCCUCGGCCUCAACCUGUACACCCAGGGCGUGCACCCCAACAUCGACUUCUCCGACCUCAAGUCCAUCAUCGACAUGGUCGAGACCUGCAACAAGAUCCCCAUCCACCCGCGCGCUCCGUACGGCGGCCAGCUCGUCGUCUGCGCCUUCAGCGGCUCCCACCAAGACGCCAUCAAGAAGGGCUUCCAGAAGCGCAAGCAGGAGGGCGCCACCGACGACUCCUACUGGCAGAUCCCCUACCUGCCCCUCGACCCGCAAGACAUCGGCCGCACCUACGAAGCCAUCAUCCGCGUCAACUCGCAGUCCGGCAAGGGCGGCGUGGCCUGGAUCAUCCAGCGCCAGCUGGAGCUCGACCUGCCCCGCGGCCUGCAAAUCGCCUUCUCCAAGGUCGUGCAAAAGGAGACGGACAACCUCGGCCGCGAGCUGCUGCCCACGGAAAUCACAAAGCUGUUCGAGGAAGCCUACCACCUCAAGCGCAACCCACGCUUCGGCCUCGUCGACUACGAAAUCACCGCAGACCGCUCCAAGACGCCCGAGCCGCCGCAGCAGGGCAAGACAAACAAGACGAGCAACCUGCGCCGUAUCUUCCACGGUGUUCUCGAAAUCGACGGCCAAGAGCACAAGAUCCAGGGAAGCGGAAACGGAGCCAUUUCGUCUCUGGCAGACGCGCUGCGGGGCCUGGGCAUCGACCUGGACGUCGUCGACUACAACGAGCACACCAUCGGCUCCAACAAGGACGCCAAGGCCGCAACGUACAUUGGGUGUAUUGUCGCCGGCGGAAACCAGAAGGUGUGGGGCGUCGGCAUCCACCACGACGUCGUGCAAGCGUCUCUCAUCGCGCUGCUGAGCGCCGCAUCAUCGUUCCUCUCCUCCAGACCAUCGACCCCGAUCCCCUUCCGCCCCAAGCGCUCCAACACCCUCGACAUACCCAGCAUCGAAGGCAGCCCCCUGAGAAACGGGACGCACGCCGACCAGCAGAACGGCACGCAGGUCGAGAAGCUCGAGGCCAUGGUCAGCGGCGCGCAGGCCGAUGUGAAGAGUGCGGGUGUAUAA